CUUUUAAGAGCAUCUGGAUUUAAGGGCAUGAUGCCCUAUUUAUAUCAGAAGCAAGAUCUAAACGGUCUUUCUGACUCUUUGGCCACCACCCUUUCUACCAGAUCAUACUUCCUCUCAAGAGAGCAAGAAGGAGGUUGAAUACUAGACACAAAAGUGGGCCAUAGUUGUUGUUCUUAAAUCAUCAACCACAGUUUCUGCCAGGCAGACUCAAAAAGAAGAAUCUAUAGGAAUAGGACCAUUUUACAUAAAUGAGGGGUGUGUGGUUAGUGCCCUGAACCAUUUUACUGAAGCAAAAGCAAGAAAAUAAGUAUAUGAUCUUUCUUAAUGACCAGAAAGAAUCAGAAACUCAUCUGUUCAAGUAGUAUAAGCUAAAUACAAAUGAGAUAACUACAAAGGUAGCUGCCUUCCUUGAAUUUUUGUUAUUUAAAAAAAAAAGUGAGAAGAAAAAGAAAGUGAAGCUGUUUUAACCGUGUUCUCUUUAGAAGAAAAAAAAACUACUCAAUACUGAUAGUAUCUUAGAAGCAGGAAACUGUAUUGAACUUCAUGCCGGCUUACAAGUGCUUCCAGAGAUGCAUUGUCUUCCUUUCCUUUUUGUUAUUCUUCAGGCACACAAAGUCAUGUCUGAAGAGGAAUUUGUGGAUGCAACUGUAAAGCUUGCCAAGAACAUGAUUUUCGAGUGUAUGUAUCCAGAAUCGGGCUUUAUAAGCCAGGCUGAAUGGUUCAAGAUGACAGUAACAGGGAAAGAUUCCAUGGCCAUUUUCAGUCCUAAUCAUGGUGGACUCAUUAGGGCAGACUAUAUCAGUAGGAUUCGCUUUUUGAAUUCUAGUGUGACUGCAAAUGAUAUUUCCCUUUUCUUCCACAAUGCCUCGAAAGCUGACCUUGGCCUUUAUCUCUGCACACUCCACCUUUUCCCUCAUGGACCUUGGAAAAAGGUGAUAAAGGUUGUCCAAUCAGAUGGUUUUGAAAUCCGUGUUCCAUCUAAUAGCCAUAUGGUAUCAGAACCUGGAAGAAAUGUCAAAUUCAUAUUUCAGACUCACAAGGCCAACCCCCUGAAACAUGUGACAUGGGAAAGGAUUCAGCCACAUCAGAUUGACCACUUAACUUACUGUAAUUUGAACAAUGGGAAAAGUUAUGGCUUAAAGUACCAAAGAAAAAUAUUUACAAGCUGCAGCCAAGAGAUGACCAGUAGCUCUAUUAUCAUUCACAAUGUCACUGCUUCUGACUCAGGAUUUUACCAAUGUUGCUUAACCACCAACACAGGAGAAAAUGAAACCUUUGUGAUGAAUCUGACUGUGACUGAUGCAAAAACAGACCAUCAGAUUGUUUUUUUCAUAGCUGGAGGGGCAGCUUCAGUCUUAAUUCUUGUGAUAUUUAUCAUCGUCAUCUGUUAUUAUUGCAGGAGGAAGAGAGUGUCUAAGGCACUGUGGGAUACUCAGAUUCAGCCAUCUAAAAACUACACCAGAAGUGAGGUUCCUGACCAUUCUCAAGACAACCAAGAAGAGGAUAUUUAUGUCAACUAUCCUAUCUUCUCUCAAAAACCAACUGCAAGAUAGCAACUCUUCAAUUUGAGCCAAGCAAACACAUGAAGUCAAAUGCAAAUUGUCUUUAGAGAUUUCUGCCUUUGUAUUUACAGAACUAUACUAGAUUGAAUUUACUUUGUCUUAUACAAAGAAGAUUACAUAAAUAUUAUCAUUUGAUUGAGGAUAUUCAGAAUUAUCUGAGCAAUUAUAAAAUAAGUGGGGGGGUAGAGAGGCAGGGUGACCUCCCAUUGACUAUCCCUCUCCUUUCCAAAAACCAUUGCAAUGGUUUAGUUAGAGUCACUCCAAAGACUUGGAGCCUUGUAUUGCUGAAAGUGGAAUGAAUUGAUUAUUGAAAGAAGUGGAGAGUAUCUGAGGUAGUCUUUCCUUCCUUUCUCUUUCUGUAACUCCUGUUCUCCAUCUCAAAUAUUAACCUUUUUUUCAUUCCACCAUUAUAAUUUCUUUUUUGUGGGGAUUUUCUUUGUUCCCACAUUGACUGUCAACUAAAACAAGAAUAGGACAUUGGUGAUUAGAUAUGUGGUAAGGAAGUCACCAAAUACAAACUUUUUUACUCUUUGCCUAGAGCAAAAUGACUGCCUCUUCUGGUUUCUAACCUUAAAUCUAUUCCAGGCCUAUUGAUUAGAAUAAAAUGAGAAGUAUGUGGAAAAAAAAAAAGAAAAACAACAAAAAUGUCAUAUUUGGCUUGAGUUAUUGUACAGUCAUAUCACUUAUGUCCAACUUUUUGUGUCAACAUUUGGGGUUUUCUUGGUAAAGAUACUGGAG